CACUAAAUUUCUUUCUAUAAAUAUCACAUUUUUCUUCACCAUUUUAUCUCAUCCAAAUUAUUUUCUUAAUAUAUUCAUCUCAUCAAUAAAUUAUCACAUUUCCAAAUUAUUUUCUUCUUAUAUCCUAUAAAUUACAAUGGCUAAAAAUGUUGCACAAUCACCCUUAGAGAGGUCUACCUUGGUCUCUUUUGAUAAAAGGCUAACUAUGGCCAAACGUUGCGCUCAUGAGGGUGUACUUGCUGGAGCUAAGGCAGCUGUUGUUUCUGGCUUUGCUGCUGCCAUACCAACUAUUGCAAGUGCUAGAAUGCUUCCGUGGGCAAAGGCCAAUCUCAGUCACACUGCUCAAGCUCUUAUAAUAUCUACUGUGGCUGGAGCAGCAUAUUUCAUAGUAGCGGACAAGACUGUUCUGAAGUCGGCACGUCAAAACUCUUUUAAUCAAGCUAGAAAUCCAAAUAUUGGAGCAUAAUUAUAAUAAAUUUGAAAUAAUCAAUUCAAAUUGUAUGAUCUAUAAUAUUGCCAUAUAUGAUUAAUUAAUUAAUGAAAAUGAUCAUGAUGGCAAGUUGAUUAUGAUUUUGACGAUCGCAUAGAAAGAUUUGAUUGUACUAAUUAGGAUAUGAUUAAGAUUACAUGAUUAUAAUAAUUGCGGUGCAAUAUAGCAAUUAUAAUAGUACCAUGCAUCUAUAUCUAAUCCAUACCUAUGUAAUAUUAAU